AUGCAAAACCAAAACCUGAAACUGAUCCCUGUAGUGUUGAACUACAGAAAGCCUUCUGCAGUCACACCACAGUUCAACCCAAAGCUGAUACAUCUCUACAUCGAUCAUGGGAAAAAACUCCUUGAUGCCACAAUCAAUACUAUCGAGGAUCCCGAUGGGGCGGCCUCCAUCAAUGGUACUGAUGUUGAGAAAGCUGAACUACAAUUGUAUCGCCAAGCUCAGGAAGAAUGCCUUCCAGAUGAAAUGAAAGCAUUAUCCAAAGGUCUGAGAAUAGCAUCUAACAGCAGGCUCUCGCAACUCAGUCCAGAGUAUGAUAAAGACCAUCACGUCAUACGUGUUGGUGGUAGACUGAGAAGAUGUGAUGAACUGUCAAUCGAUGUAAAACAUCCCAUUGUUCUAGAUCCAAAUCAUAAUGUUACGAAGCUCCUCAUAAAGAAAUAUGACUCUGACCUCCACCACUAUGGUGCUGAAAGACUACACGGUGAAAUCAGAAGAAAAUUCUGGAUUCUUCGAGGCUGUGAAGCUAUUAAAAAACAUCAGAGACAAUGCCAUGAUUGUCAGAAAUGGAGAGCAAAUCCAGAGAUUCCUUUGAUGGCCGACCUACCAGAGGCUCGGCUAAGACUGUUCAAACCACCCUUCUAUUCGACAGGAAUAGAUUGCUUUGGGCCUAUGUAUAUAAAGAUUGGCAGACACAGAGAGAAAAGGUAUGGAAUCAUCUUUAAAUGCAUGACAACCCGAGCCGUCCACAUUGAUAUACUUGACAGUCUGGACACGGACGCAUUCCUAAUGGCCCUUCGCAGAUUCAUCUCCAGGAGGGGUUGUCCCUUUGAACUGUUGUCAGACUGUGGCACAAACUUCAAAGGUGGUGAAAAUGAAUUGUGCAAAGCUUUUGAAGCUAUGAACUCUGAACUGAAAGAAAAACUCGCCAAGAACCAUAUCCGAUUCCAAUUCAAUCCGCCAUUUGCCCCUCACUUUGGUGGAUUGUGGGAACGUGAAAUUAGAUCAAUCAAGUAUGGCCUACGCAGUAUACUAGGAACUGAAUCCGUCAGUGAAUCUGUCCUGAGAACUGUCAUGACAGAGGUAGAAUCUAUUUUGAACUCCAAACCUCUGGGUUACACCUCAUCGGACAUCUCCGAUACCGAUCCUGUAACUCCAUACACCUUGCUGAUCGGGAGAUCAGACCCAGCACUUCCUCAGGUUGUCUACCUGAAUGAAGACAGACUAACAAAGAAACGAUUUCGUCAAAGUCAAGUACUAGCUGAUCACUUCUGGAGGAAAUUCAUCAAGGAGUACUUGCCAAAUCUCCAGCCACGUGUGAAAUGGACGGACGAACGGCGCAAUGUACAAACUGACGAUGUUGUGCUAAUCAUUGACCCUCUUCACACUCGCAGUGAGUGGAAGAUUGGACAAGUGAUAGAGACCUAUGCAGGGUCCGACGGUAGAGUACGAUAA